AUGUCAGAUCCAUCAACACCAAAUAAUCAAAUGGGAGGAUUUAAAUCAAAUUCAGCAGGUACACCACAUACAACACCGUUACAAACGGGACCAUUGACAGCACUUUCAUCAAUAUCUGCAACCAAUUCACCAGUUUCAGGAAUGCAUAAUAAUUUAAGUUCAAAUAAUUUACAAAGUUUAGAUAAUAAUAAUAAUAGAUUUCAACAACCACAACAAUACUUUCAACCACAAACUCCUACACAACAACCACAGCAAUCACAAAUGCAACCAUCUGUAUCAAAUAAUAAUUUAGGUUCAUUGACCUCUCAACCAAUCCCAACUCCUCAACAAAGACUGAUAAGCUCAAGUUGUUUUGAAUUUUUUUAUAUAGAAAUGAUUGAUUAUAUUAUGAAAUCUUCUUCAGAUAAAACCCAGGCUCAUAAAAAACUGGAUAAAUUAGGUUAUAAAGUUGGUCAUAGAUUAGUUGAAAGACUAUCAAAUGAAACUCCAUUAUUCCCUGAAUUAUUAGACGCUGUAAAAUUUAUCUGUAAAGUAUUUUGGACAAAUAUUUUUAAAAAAACAAUAGAUGGUUUAAAAACCAAUCAUAAGGGUGUAUUUGUAUUAACUGAUUCUAAAUUUCAAUGGUUGCAACAUCUUUCAUUUGAUGCAACUGCAAAUAACAAAGAUUGCUCAGAAUAUGUUCAAUUUGCAGCUGGUUUAAUUAAAGGUGCCAUGUCAAAUUUUGGUUUUAAAUGUAUUGUUUCUUUUGAUAUUCAACAAGUUAGCACAUGUGUAUUUACUAUUAAAAUAGAAUCUUAA